CACGCUUUCUGCUGCCUGUGACAGGAGGCUGUGCAGACUCAGUCCUGCUCGUCGGUCGCCAUGGGGAAAAAACGCAAGAGUUCGGUACCGAAUGGGGAAUCGGGGCUGGAAGAGAAGAAAGCGAAACCCAUGGCGGUGGAGUUUACUGGCACUCACUUCAAAUCCCUUCUAAAGGAACCCCACACUGCCUUGAAAGGUUUGGAGCAGUUCAUAAACUUGGCAAGGAAGCUCCCUUCUACUGACCUGUAUGAUGUGGUGGAAGGAUACAUUAAAAUUUCGGUAGAAUGCGUAGAAAUUCUCAAGUUGCUAGAAGGAGAAAAGCGCCCGGAAAGUGAAAUAAUGUUAAUUUUUCAAGCCUUGGAAGCUGUUUUGCUGAGAACUGCCAGUGACCUCUCACAUUUAAAUGUCGCUGGAGUCAACAUUGUAAAGAAAAUGAUUAACACGCACAUGAAAUUAAUCUAUGCGUCUGUAUACUCGGAAAUCCACAGAAUGUCCAGGAUUUGCUUGAAUUUAUUGUCUGCCAUGGUGGCGCAGGGACCAGAUUGUGCCAGAGACGUAUUCAGCCAUUUUGAUUUUCAUAACAAAUUCUUGCCAACUUUGUUAAAAAGGAGAGACAAACAGGGAAGGCCGGAUGUCAGAAUGGCGUACAUUCAGUUUGCAACGUCUUUCUUCAUUUCUGGGGACAAUCCUACAAUCAUACAUAUCCUAGAACUGAAUGAUUUUGUUGGAGAGAUUUUCGCCACUGGCAUAAAGGAAGAUCGUAUUUCUACCAUCAAUCUUCUCCUUUCACUAUUGAAAACCAAGGUUGUUCAAAAUAAAGCAAUAACCAAGACCCAGAAAGUGCGCUUUUUCACAUUCACCUUGUUAAAUCACAUGGCAUCGCUCUACCGCUGGAAUGGGAUUGUAGAUGUGAGCACAGAAGACAUCAAGGAUAUUAAGGACCCUCAGGAAGCAGGAAAAGUCAUGAUACGGGAGUUGGUCCAUAACUUCCUGAUGGAUCUCUGCUGCUCUCUGAAGCAUGGCAUUAACUUCUAUGAUCCAAGUCUUGGAACGGCUGGAAGAGCAGGGAACCUAGUGCUUCUGCGAUUCUUAGUGGCCCUCAAAACUGCAACUGAAGAUGAGUUAAUUGGGGAUCUGGUAGUGAACAUACUGAAGGUGUGCCCUGAUUUACUGAGCAGGUACUUUAAGGAAACGCAGUACUCUUUUGUUCCGCGGGUCAAGACAGCUUGGCUGGAUAAUAUCAAACUGCUCAAGAAGAUUUAUGAAGCCCAGCCAGUUAUCUCUCCUGCUUUCAGAACCACUGAGUUUGUCCCUUUGCCAAGGCUCUUGUCUAUGCUGAUGAUUACCACAGUGGCUCCAGUGUGUAACAAGGCAAUGUUCACCCAGGGACUGAAUCUGCCUAACAAAAUAGUGAAACACACCAUCCUGUCCCUCGUGUGUUCAAUCCUGAGGAGAGCAGAGCUUAACAUCAGCCACUGCCUGAGGGAGGAUAUAUGGCAAAAGUCCGAAAUCUACACUCCAGCAACAAUGACUGAGUUUGCACAGAAAUACAGAGAGGCUCUAAGCAAGCUGCUACCGGAUAUAAAUACAGUUGUGGCAACCUGGCAGUCUCUUUCAAAGGGAGAGGGGGCUGAAACAGAGGGUGCAAAGGGAAAUAGCACCACCCCCGAGGAAGAAUUACCUCCAGCAUUCCAGGAAUUACCUGGGACAAAGGAAGAGCAUGGUUCAGAUGAUGUUCAAACCACUCUCCUAAAAGCCUCUCUGCUCCAGGUUGUGUGCCUCUAUCAGAAGGUGGUGCCGCACUUGGUGGCGCAGAGUAGUUUUGAUUUCAGCAAACUACUUAAAGGUAUUGUGAAUGAAAAAGGUGUGAGAGAAGAGGUGCCGCCUGUCCUACAGUAUCAGAUUCUCCAGGUGGCACUGGUACUGCCUGCCAACAAGUUUUCUUGGUUCAAAAUCCAGGAGACUCCUGAUGCGAGCGGGGAGAAAUCUGUCUUUUAUCUGCUUCUAAAGAUGUUUGCCACAUGCAUCAAGCCACAGCUCAAGAAUUCUAUACGGCUGUUGAUAGUAAAGGUUCUGCGUGAUAGUGGAGUAUUCGAAUACACCUGGCAGGAACUGGAUCUCUGGUUGAGAAAUCUGGAUAAAGUCACACCGGACUCCAAGGAGGCAGUAAUACAAUUUUUAGAACAGGUUUUGGUUAAACUGGUGUCCAACCCGUAUCCAUACACUGAUAAAGCAGCUGAAUCAGUUCAGGAAGCCAGCAUGCUGCAGAGCAGCUUGAGCAAGCAGGAUUCCGACACCGCCAGCAUCCCCAUCUCGCACAUAGAUGAUGUGAUGGAUAUGGUGGAUGUCAUUGUGGAGGGAAGUGAAGGCCUGGAUGAUGAAAUUGGUGUCACCUUGGACAAUGAUCUGAUUCUUCAGACAUUUCCAUUUAGUGCAGCUGUGCCAGUGGCCCUGGAAAUACGCAAUAAGCUCCUGGCAACAGAGGAGGAUGAACAUGACUGUGUGCUGCAGUACCUGGUGUCAGUGCUUACAGACAUACUGCACUCCCAGAGAGACCCUUUGGCUUUGUGUCUGUUACUCCAAAACUGUGACAAGGAGUUGAAAAGCUUGAACAAAAGCAGCAGCCAUUAUUCCCUGAUUGAAAGUUUCCAGAAAUACUACAGUCUCUGGAUCCCUUCACCCUCCAAGGAAGGUCAGUACCAAGGGCACAGCACUCCUCAGACAGACAUUAGCCUACAGAAUGAUGUUGCAUAUUCCUCAUUGCUGAAGAAGACAUUUGUGGACAUUUGCACUCCAGAGAGUCAUACUGAAGAGCUGCUGAAUGAUGCCGUGGACAGCCUUACUAUAGAGCAGCUUCCUGUGGCUGUAAAACAUACACUGCUCUGCCUCCAGUCUACAGUUGACAACUUUAACCAGUUUAAAAAAAAUGUUGGUGCCUCUCGACUGAGAUUUUUCCUGGAACUUUUAAACUGCCUCCUGUGCAGAGCAGAGACAGCCCGAGUCACCGACCAGGGAACCGCUGAGGAAUCGCAGAAGGAAUCUGAGCUUUUUAUAGACACUGAUCCCAUUUCUAUCCUGGAGUCUUCAGUGAAUACGGUCCUGGAAGAUAUCCUCACGGUAACAUUCAGACAUCCUUCUUUGGAGAACUGGUUCCUGGCGCUGGAACGCCGCUCUGUGCCUUCUCACUCUUUAAACCCUGUUGGCGUGAAACAGCUCUCAUCUUGUCUGAACCAGGGAGUAAUCCAGCUGCUGAAAUCCAGUUCUCCAUUACUCCAGGAAAUCAGUAGUCUUCCUCUGGCAUCCAAGUACUUUGAGGCUAUUUCAGAAAGCAUCUUGAAAGAGCUAAAAUUGCCUAGUAAGGCCACCAAUAAGAAGUCCCAGGCUCUAGAAGCCUUGGAAAGCUUGUAUAUGUACAUGGAUACAGUUCAACUUAAUGAAAUAAUUCUUGCUAUCUUGAAGCUCCCAGAAGAAUUUCUUCUUGUCCAGAAGAUCCAGGAUAAGACAGGAAAACAAUUAAGUUUCUAUGGAAAAGUUUUGCUGCAGCUGCUUACUGAAAGCCACCAAAGAAAGCAGCCAGGGGAGACUUUGGCCUCAGUGGUGGCUCAUGUGAGAGGAGUGAGUAGCCUCUUGCCAUCAUCAGGUGGGGAGGAAAUGGAAUCUGUACUGUAUGAGGCCCUGCAGGGCCACACAGAGUUUGCUCAUGUGGUGGGAGUUGAGAUCCUGACCUACUGCCUCACCAGGAUGUCUGAAAUCAGCCUCUGCAUAGCUGCAUUACUAAUUCAGCACAGCACAACCCAUCUGCUGCAUUUUGAGGUGUGGUGUUUAAAUCCUGCAACAGAAAAGCACCUGAAAAAUAACUCCGAAGCCUAUCUACCACUAAUCAGUGGCUACCUGAAGUGCAGAGGCAAUUUUCAGUUCGCCCGGCCAUCUAAAAUUUCCUCUGCUGUUCUCCGUGUCCUUAAGGAAGCAUUCUGGAGCAAACUGCUAAAGGUAGCCUUGAGCCCAGACACACAGGACGGUACUGAUGAACAAAUACUAGUUCUUUCCAAGCUGAUGGAAACAUCUGAUAUCAGUGACUUGCAAAAAUGUAUUGAUCGGCUCCCUGAGAUCUUGGCCCAAUCCUACAGUCAACCAAAAUGGAAUUUGGCUGAUGCUGUAUUGCAAGCUGCAGAGACUGCUGGGAUGGAGAUUAGCUCUUGGAUGAGGGCCUUAUUGGCAGCUUGUAUGAAGUGCCUGACUGCCACUUACACUGCCAACAGAGAAUGUGAGAAAGCCAAAGAGGAAGCAGAGAAAGCCAUGCUUUUGCAUUUCAAAAAACUCUUGCCUUUUGUCAGAGAAGAUGUGCCUGCUGAGUGGAAUGGACUAGUCAAAGCAGGACUUAAGUAUCGGUACAAGGACUGUGAGUUCCUGGAUGCAUUGAAUGCUGCUAUUUGCCAGUGGUAUGAACCGGACGGUCCAUCUUCUCAGUGUUUAGUGCCGCUGCCUAUGGUCCAUAUGAUGCUUACGCAGCACUCCCUUUUUCUGCCAACCCUGCUGAGGUCCCAAGAGGAGGAGGGAACUGCUACCAGUCACACUCAAGAGUUGUUGGUGGAUAUACUGAGAACCAUAGUUAAGAAGUGCCCAUCUGUCUGCGAUGGCAACCAUUUUGCAAUUUUACUUGGAGCUUACGGUGCCACCCUGAGCGCCACAGACCAAAAGAUACUCCAACUCCUGCAAGCCUAUGAAAAGAAUAAUCACAGCUUAACAGAGUUCAGGCUUCUACUGUGGGGUCCAGCUGCUGUUGAGCAUCACAAAACCCGCAAGACUUUAGGGCAGUCCCUUUGGCAGCAGCCGAGCAUGGAAGAGAUUCUCAGUCUUCUGGAUCGGGAGAAAAUAAUGAAAACCAUCUUUCAUUUUCCACAGCAUCGCAAGCUCAUCGCAGAGGGUGCAAAGGAAAUUUUAUAUGAAGACUCUGGAAUAAAAGACCUGGAUAAGCUUUAUGAUCCCUGUUUCCUGCUGCCACUUUUCAGCGAGUUGGUUAGACCAGAAUUGAUGGUGGACUGUGUAAAGUUUGUGGAUACAAAUGCACUGGGGUUAGCUAUGGCCGCCCUCAGUAGCUAUGACUAUAACAUGCGAGCAGCUGCCAACUAUGUCCUGGGCUCCUUCCUCUCCCACAUGGAAGGGGCAAGAUUCCGAGACAAGAGACAGCUGCAGUACCUGAUGGACAUCGUGAAGAAUGGUAUCCGACAGCCAAACCAGCGACUCACUUUCCUGCUGCCUCUGUACGUUGCUAAGGCGUCGCAACAAAUUCUUAAACCAGAAGAGCAUAUUUACAUAAAGAUGUCCAAAUUCCUUUUGUCACAUCAGUACUUGGAUAUGAAGAAGGUUCCGGAUUUCUACAAGCUUUUUUACAGCUUUGACUUUGAGCACAAAGUGGAGCGCGAGUGGAUUCUGGAGCUGCUGAGGGAUGGAAUGAGGGACAAGUAUUGUUAUGAACUUUGUGACAAUCAGAGGAUCUUUCACGUCAUUAUGGCCUAUUAUAACAGUCCCUUGUCUGAUGAAACCUCUCAGAAUCUGGUGCUUGAAAUACUGCAAAAUGCUUCCCACAUCACCAAAGCUGCUUAUCAGCUCAUCCGAGAUCAUAGUCUCUUAACCUGGAUUAUUCAUAUCCUAGAGAAAAGAUAUCUUGAAAACAAGUUGCUGGCGAAUCUUAUCUCACUGAUUCAUAAUUUAUGGCUGACGAACCUGGGAAAACGAGUUAGCAGCCUGGCAAACGAAGCACAGGACAAAGAUGGAGAAGCAAAGGAACAGAAGUUCCUGCCACUUCACCUGGUCAGUGAGUUUGUCAGUGUGCUCGUGGCAAUGACCAGGCACAUACGGUCCAAUUUAGAUUUCAUCCACAUUACGCAGUUUUUUAGCACCUUCAGUUCUGUUCUGAGAUAUCGUUCCAAGGUGUUGGAGGCUUUUAAAGAGAUGGGGCGUUUUGCUGCUAAUGAGUUCUUAUUUUCCAGCCAGGAUGCCCUGCUCAUUCUACACAAGUGGAGCACAAUAGAGAAAGACCUGGAUCUGCAGGAAAGGCUGAGUUCUCUAGCUCAGAAGCACAGGAUCAAAGAACUGCUGAGCACUAUCAAAGAAAAGUAUAAGCCACAGAUUCCACAUAAGCUGAGAAAGGAAGUGGAUGCUGGAGUGCAAUCACACAUAGAGGUCCCUCAGGAUUUAUCUGCUCUAAAGGCCACCAGACACCAUGUCAGAUCUGUACUGAUUCACUGGGAACCUGUAUUCUUGACCUCACCAUUAAGAUUGGCAAAGGAACAAGUAGAAGAGGGGGGUCACGCCCAACAGGCUGCCACUGACGACUGUGAAACCCAAGAUAAAAGCAUUGAUAGCUUUGUGAGUGCUGCAGCUUGUCUUAUAGCCAAGUGGAUAUUAAGAACUGAGAGUGCUGAUAGCCCAACCCUGGAGAAUGUGUAUACAUCUCUUCAGUGGUUUCAGACAAGCAUAUUGCCCCAUGGGCCUGUGGUGGAGGAGCUUCUGGAAGACAGGGUGCUGAGAAGCUCAUUGUAUAAACUUUAUAGCACUGUUUGCAAUGGAAUGGGACCAACGAACUCUAGCCCUGACCUGCUGCCAUUGUUCAACACUGUGAUGGGGCAGCUCAUGAAUACUCAGAAGCUCCCUGCUGAUCUCUGCCAUGAAGCCUUGAAAGCUGUAUUGCUGUCUCCAGGCGAAGAGGACUCCAUGCAGAAAGCUGUGCGCAAUUUCCUGUUGUCCCUGUACAUCCAAGAUAUCUGGCUGGGAGCAGACAAUCUGGACAUGUUCAGAUCUCACUUGAAUGCUGUGGCUCAAGCAGUUGACUUAGACUUUCCAACUUCCAAGGAAAAGACCCCAAAGGGAAAGAAGAAGAAGGAGGAAAGGCAGGAAGCAAUUGUCUCCUUUUGCAAAGACUUAUCAAGGGCAUUAUCCUAAUACUGUCUUCCACUGCUCAGCCUGCACUGACUUUACAUCUGCAGAUCCAACAGAUGGGGGUUUUGUACUGAGGACAAAAUUAGAAUUGGCCUGGUGGGUCUUAAUAAACUGAGACAAUGAAAAUGAAUGCAGAAUGUCCAUGAACUGACAUAAGGACAGCAGAGUACAGAUGUUUUACUGUAGCUUCAUAACAUGAAUGAAUAAGAAGUGCCUUAGUUCUGAGCCUCAAGAACAGGGAAAUUCCUACACUAAGUAAUACCUUAGUACUGGAAUUCUGUCUGUCUUACUGCCACGUCUGUACAGCCAACAGGGGGCCGCGUCUGUACAGACAACAGGGGGCCGCGUCUGUACAGCCAACAGGGGGCCGCGUCUGUACAGCCAACAGGGGGCCGCGUCUGUACAGCCAACAGGGGGCCGCGUCUGUACAGCCAACAGGGGGCCGCGUCUGUACAGCCACCAGGGGCCACGUCUGUACAACCAACAACAUAAGCCCUUCACAGCGACUUUCAUCUGACCACCCCAUGGAUAAAACCUUUGAGGAGGCCAGGGUCCUUGGUUUUAUGAUUAAGGUUUCGUGGGAGUUGGGGGGUUCUGGAAGGCAGAUGGUUUACAUUCUUGAUUUUAUUGCCUCAAUGACAUCACUGUGUACCCCAUAAUUUAGUUUUGCCAAUGAAAAAAAAAAUAUUUUGUAA